AUGUUGCGCAGUCAAAGUAUAUCCGACAUCAAUGAAAAGAAAAUUUCAUCAACUUCCAAACUAUUCAAUGCUUUCAAAAGACUGAGUAAUGGAACUACUUCCACUGAUGUACAAGAAAAGCGAAAAUCACGUCCUUUGAGUACUAGUAUUUCGGCUCUUAAUUUGAAGAUAUCGUCGCCUAUAUUGAACCAACAAUCAGACACCACAAGUGCUACUACACCAUCUGUUACAAAUUAUGAAAAUAAAGAAAAUAUCAACCACCAUCACCGCCAACAACAGCAACAACAACAGAAUAUCAAAUUGAAAACUAGAUCUAGUACCCCUAAUUUGAACCGUCGAUCAUCCGUCAUCUUCUCCAAUUCUGAUUCCAGGGCAGCUGCACAUUCAGCUGCAACUGAAACUGCAACUGCAAGAAUGCUCAGAACUAAUAAUAGAUAUUCAUUUAUUGCUGGUAACAACUUCCAAGUACAUAAUAAUAAAGCCACUGUUGAUGACAAUAGCCAUUAUGCAAGACAUUCGAGUACUGCCACUACCACUGCUUCAUCCACAGCACAUAUUAGUCCAGUAACAAUUUCUUCCCACUCAGACUCCAUUUUUGAUCAAUCUUCAAUUAAUUGUGUUGAUGAUGAUAGUGAAGAUGGUACAUCAUCGGAAAUUUCUUCAAUUCAUACAGCUGAAACUAGUAAUGAGCCAUCUAAUUAUACAUAUGCUAAAGUUUCCAACACCAACACAAAAUCAAAGUCCAAGUCGAGUUCCUCAAUACCUGAAUCACCAUCCUCAUCAAUAAUCUCAACAUCAGUCCCAAAAAAACUACAUCGUACAACUAACUUAUACAAUUUGAAUGAAUUCAUCAAUAAGCUCAGUAUAGACUCUAGUUCAUUACCAAUUGCCCAACCACUGUCACAAAUGAUCUCAAUGAAUAAUCGGCAAUCAAUUGAAUUUGAAAAUAAACAAAUCAAGCAAUUGAAUCAACAAUUGAAUCAAGUGGCUGAUUAUCAUUGUGAGGUUAAGUUGGUGGAAAAUAUCUUAUUCUUGACUACGACUACUGCUACUAGUGAGGGGUCUACUGAGAAGACUCAAAGCGGGUUUGGGUUUGGUUUUGACUUGGAUGAAGAUGAUUAUUUGAACAUGUUGAAAACUGAAGAAUAUAAUUUAGAGUCAACUUUGGACAAUUGUUUUGAAUCGGAUGGUGAUCAAUUAUAUUUAAUGUAUUGA